ACCACCUGUCCAACGAUCGUGUUUCACUCAAGUUGGUUAAGGGUGAGAUUCUCCAAUUGGAACAGGGAUGACGACGCAAGCGUCCGAGAAUAGUGAAUAACAGUGGUUCCAGAGGGUUGCUUUGAAAAAGGGGCGGGCUCGAGAUGUACCAAGCUCCAGGAGUUCGAUUCCCUGGAUGAGGGUAUCAGUGGAAUCCUCAGAUUGAAGGUGACACUCAGACCGCAACAAACGUUUUAUUUGACUCGUGUACCGACAUUCUUUUUCAUUAUUUUUUUUUUUAAUUGAAAUACGAGGGUGGUACUUCCUGAAUUCGUUUGCUCCUGGAUAGAACCCGGGAUAUGAGCUACACCGAACCGUUGUGGGAGAUCAAUGGAAAUCAAGCACCAGUGAUUACAGCGGAUAUGUCGCAGUACGUCAGCGGCGAACUCGGAAGCUACCCGAUGUGGGACAGUUCUGUCUUAUACCAAGCACCACCUCCUUCGCACUCUCAUGUGAACGAACACGGAUUAUAUAGACAACCCUGUGCAUUAUUACAUCAAAGUCGUUACACGCCUAAUGGUAGAUCUCCGAAUCUCCCAUCGUCCACCACAAAGAAACCAAGGCGUCGCGUGGCGACUGUUUCGCAAAGAAGAGCAGCAAACAUCCGUGAGAGGCGCAGAAUGUUCAAUUUAAACGAAGCUUUCGACAAGUUACGCAGAAAAGUGCCAACUUUUGCUUACGAAAAACGACUCUCGAGGAUCGAGACUUUGCGCUUGGCCAUCACUUACAUUGCAUUUAUGGGAGAGCUGCUUGGAAUUGAACCGAGUAGCCCAAAACCAGAAUACAUCCCAAGGGAAUACUACUUGCCAAAUUAAACCUGUAAAACCAGUCUGGUAUUUUUAGAAAUGAAAUUACCAUAACUUGUGAUAUGCGUAAGAAAACAUGGUAAACGGUUGGUUACAUAUUAAAAAGUUCAAUUUGGUGUAUUUCAAAUGGAUAUAUUUCCUGAAAAAUAUUGAGUUGACAAAAUUGCAUAUGUAUGUACAUGCGGUUGAAUGAUAACUUUGGUUACUGGUAAGAAAACAAUAUGAUGACAACCUUAACAAAUCUGGCAUUGACCUCCACUCAUUCGAAUCCUCUCUUUAAUAUUUUAAUAGAUACUCGAUUUUUUUAACUCACGGUACAUGUUUCAAAAUACAUACAGAAAUCAAAGUACAUUAUUAGAUGGCAGAUUUUUUAUGCAUUUAUGGAAAAUUUGCGCCGAAGUGCACAAAAUGCAUAUAAUACGCGAAGAUAUGUAUAUAAAAUAUCCACAGUAUAGUAUUCGUUAUAAUAUUUAAUAUAUGAAGCAAUUUUCUACCUAGGUUACAUUUUUUUGAUUAUCUCCACAAAAAUAUGAAUUUACAUAAAUAUUCGCAGUCUAUAGAUUAUCAUCUAAUUUCUUUAUUUCCGAAAAAUCAUAAAGAAGAUUUUUUAAUUAAACAUAUCGCAAAUUUGAUUCUGCAAGGAUAUUUAAUAAAAUAAUUACAUAAAUUAGAGUAACUUACACAUACUCGAAUACUUCUAAAAAUUGUCAACAAAUAUUUUAAGUUUAUUGAUAAGUAAAUCGUCGAAAUAAUAUAAUCAUUCAUAUGAACAAAACUAUCGAGUGCAAAAUACAUCUAAGAACGUAAUGUCGUAUAUGUUUGAAAUUAAGUAAGAUUAAUGCAUCCACAUAUACGUAUAAGUGUUACAAUUCGAGUAUUAAGUAAAUUACAGUAAGCGUAGUUAAGAACCCACUCGAAAAAACAUUAACUAACACUUAAUGUUUAUGUGAUUUUACGAAAUAAGAUAACAAUCCGUGUCUUCCAUAAUUUAUGUAAAUCUGCUUAUUACAUAUUAUCAUUAUAUUUAAAUAUAAGAUGUACAAAUACUAUCACAGUAUGUAUCUUUCGUUAGUACACCAUUUUGUCUGUUUUAAAAGAUUGAAGAAAUUUCUUUGCAUAAAAUUUUAACUUGACUGCAUUCUUUGAAUUAUUUUUUACUGAAUUGUAUUCUUCUAUCAUUAGAAAAUUUCUUAAGUUCGAGAAAAAU